AUGCCAAACAGAUUCCCGCCACUGGAAGAUACCUGGGCCUUCCAGCCUAUCGGUGCUCCAUUCCCGGACAAUCCGGUCAAAUGUUUGCGUCAGCAAAACAUGUACGUUGCUUUGUGGUACAAGAACGGAAAGGUGAGUGGGCUUAAGAUUUUUUGUUUUAAGUUUUGUAGGUUCGGUUUUUUGAGUUUAGGCUUAAAUGUAGGAUUGGAAGUGGUAUGAUUGAGAGCUUUAGGCUUGGAGUCUUCUAGGAUUACGUUUUUCAGGCUUAAAGAUUGUAGAUUUAAAAUCUCUUGGAUUAACUUUUAUAUUGAGAAGUUCUAGGCUUAGAAUUUCUAAACUUAAAAACUUUGGCCUUAUAAAAGGAUUUAGGCUUGUGAGUAGGCUUGGGGUUAUGAUUGAGAGGUUUAGGCUUAGAAUGUUUUAAGCUUACGUUUUCUACUCUAGGAUUAAAAUUUCUAAACUGAGAAGCUUUAGGCUUAGAAAUUAUAGUCCUUGAAGCUUAAAAGUUCUAGACCUAAAGCUUUAGGCUUAGGGCAGGGUUUAAGCUUAUGAUUUUUUGGACUUUUGUAAUCUUCAAUUUUCAGCCAAUUCACGGUCGUGCCUGGAACAACGGUGGUGUUGUGGAAUGUUCCUUUCCUUACCUGAAGGCCGAACUGACUGGUGCGAAAGAUUUGGCUGGACAAAUCCAGGUGCUCCAAUACAAGGGCGACCACUUGACCCUGGGUUACUGGUACAAUUGGAUCAAGUACAGCGAGCGUUUCGACAAGGACGUCAAGGAGCGUGAGCUGGUAAAGUGUGGCGACUCGAUUCUAUUAUUAUGGUUGGACCGAAAGGAGGGAGCUUUGAUGGGCUAUGUGGACAAUCGUACCGAGAUUGCUCGCUUCUCCCAUGACGGCAAAGCCGAAGAGGUACAGGGUGGAGCAUUGGCGCCUAUGUACAUUAUCGUCCGUGAAUUGAAAGGUGGGUUUGGGGGUGUUUUUGCUUGUUUUUCUGGUUUUAUUUGGUUGUUCAAAUAAUUCUGUGCCUUCUAAUUUUGAAAAUUUGUUUUUUAGGCUUAAAAGAUCUUUAUCACUUAAUUUUUAACUUUGUACUGUGAACAAAGCAAAUUAAAGUAAUGAUUUUCCAACUUUUAGACGCACCAGAAACCUGCGAGUGCAAAGAAUGCGAGGCCAAGCGUGCCAAGCCCCAACCCGUUCCCAAGCCCGUCGUACGUGUUAUGUUGAACGAAUGGGCUGAUUUCCGUGCUGGCGAUCCAUUCCCACCAACCAAGUGUGUCAAGGCCCUGUUCAAGUCACUGAACACCUUGCCCGGCGAGAACCCCGAUCAAUAUGUGGCGUUGUGGUAACAGUCGGGUGAGCCGGUCAUGGAACGUAUCUGGAACGAGGGUGGAAAGAUUGCCGCUGACUUUGGAUGGGGAGGCCACGAGUACAAGAAGAACAUUGGUUCACUUCAGGUAUAUAGGCUUAAAAUCUUUGAGCCUUAACGUUUUAGGCUUGGAAGUGUUAGGCUUAAGUACACUAUCCUAAAAAGUCUAGGCUUAAAUUUUUAUUUUUAGGCCUAAGAUCUCUUAACUAAUAUGUUUUAUUUUAGGUAUUUUUAGGCUUAAGGUUCCUAAUCUACUUACUUUCAGGUCCUGUUCGAGCUGCCCGAGCACGUCCGUGGUUUUGACUACGCUUGGAAGCCGUACCAAGAAGCCGCCGCCUUUGGCGAAAAGGAAUGGGUACCAGUACACGUUGACAAUGGCAAGGUCAGUAUCUCCCCUGCGGUCAUUAUUGUGGAAGGCAAGGAAAUCCUGGGCAAGGUCGACAUCAGAAACGAAAAGGCUUCGGCCGGCUACGGCGGCAAGGAAGUGGUCUUGGUCGGACCGGCCGUCCACUCUUCGACUGUCUUGUGCCGUAAGGCCAAGGCUGGUUGCAAGUUCGACUAG